AAAUUAUUAUUCUGGUGUGCAUCUUUUGGAAAUAUUUAAUUAUGGGUGAGCUUGUAGCUGGAGUAGGUGAUGAAGUGCUGCUGUUUGCUACCUUCCUGAUCCUGUCUGCUUGCAUGUACGUAAGUGUCCUGCUAUACAGGAGCCAUGGUAACAGACAGAACACUGAGCAGCCAGCACCACAGGCAAACGAGAGUGAAAGCAGCAGAAGUGAAGCAACAAAUGAAGCAACUAUUCCUCCGUCCAGUCAGCCUGAAAUUCAGCCCAGCACACAAUCCACUCUGAGGUCGCGCUUUAAUCCGAUAGGUACUACGUCAGAGCGACUUGAGUCUAGUGACCAAAUCAGCACUGCUGAUCCUCCAUCUGAUAGUGGAACUAGUACUGCUUACGAGGAGCCCAGUGGUGACAACUUGAUUAGCAUUCGUCUGAUUUUCUCCAAUGAGAGCAGAACUGUGAGACUUGCUCCUAACACAACACUUCAUGAAUUACGAAGCUCCCAUUUCAGAGCCGAGGUGGCACAAAACAGACCGGUUAGAUUCAUCUUCCAAGGUCGAGUCCUCCCCGAUGACAAUGCAACACUUGUUAAUCUCGGGAUCAUUGAUGGUCGUGCAGUACAUGUGCACAUAGGGAGGCCCCGUUCACCUGGGGAAGUCCCCACAGAUGGACCUGAUACCGAUCAAGACUUGGACUUAUCACGUUUGUUUGUACCACUGUUUGGAAUUAUUCUCGGCCUAGUCUGGGUGUCUAUGCUAAUGUAUCCUGGUGUUUUUAAUUUCACUACCAAGAUUUUCUUGUUUUUGCUCUCAUUAGGUUAUGUAAUGCUCACUUAUGUGACCACAUUCAGUUAAAAAUGUUUCUUUCUAUAAUUAUGCACUUGUUACUAAUACGACUGAAAAAAUA